AGUUCUCGAAUGAGUGAAAAAAAUACGAGUCAAAAGAGUCUUAAGCGUCCGAAAUCGAAAGAUGAUGGAAACGCUGCGAACGCCACCUCGGAGGUAAAUGGAAAGCAGAAAAAGGAAAUGAAAAAGGAUGAAAAGGAAUUUCGAACGCCUCGGCCAAAAGUAAGAAAGCCACAGAAAAAAGAGCGUCCCCUUACUGCGGUAGGCGCGAAAAUAAGAGCCCGUUCGAAGACGCCGGCGAAGACAAUCAAGACCGCGAGGGGACGCGUAAUUCGCAAUCCGAAACCGUUUACUUUGGAAUUUUAA